CGCGUGGCAUCGUCGCUACCAACGCAAUCCCCCGCGGCCCGCUCGCGCAAUACCUGGGCACCCAGACUGAGCAGAACUCGCAGGUGGCGGUGGUCUUCGCGCAGGAGCAUCGGGAGCUCCACUACUGGCUGGGCGCGGUGCAAGCGGCUGCGCGCGACGCGGUCUGGGCAGGCCAGGUUUGCCGAUCGCCCUAUUUCAUCGUGGGCGACGCGGGAUGGGCCGAGAACCUCGCGCUGCCAUGGGAAGCGGCGCAGUGCAUCAAGAAAGUGGAGCUGCAGGGCCGCGCCUGGAUGCCCGAGCCCGAUCAGGUCUUCAAUGCGGACAAGCUGCAGAAGCUGCGUGCUCGAAUUCGGGCGUCGGAGAGGCCGACGCGCGCGCAGACAGCGCUAGCCCGCUGCAUCGACUUCUUCGUGGCCCCUGCUGACCCG